GCUAUUGCGGGCUUGCCGCACACGUGCUGAGAUUUUGUGAUAUUUUUAUAAUUAUUUUACUUUACAGCGUCUCCUGUUCAUCGUGAAGCCAGUUCCACUGAGGAAUAUUGUUUAUCAACAUUUCAUCAUCUUCUGUUUAGAUUUGUGUGUGUGUUAAUGGCAAUGGUGUCAGAAGCAAAGGUGAACGGCAGCGAGAUGGAGCAAAGUACGGAGCUCCCUCCGGCCCUGGCGGAGAAGCCCGCCGGUCUUCCACCUGGCAAGUACGCACUCGUCGGCUGGGACAUGGAUACCACGGGCCGUCGGCUUAUUGACGAGAUCUGUCAAAUAGCUGCGUACACGCCGAAGCAGACGUACUCGCAGUACAUAAUGCCUUACGGGGACCUGAACCCUGGUGCUCGUCGUCGUCACAACGUGCGUGUUGUCACCGUCGGACGAUACCGCAUGCUCAAAGAUACUAAUACUCAUAAGAUAUUGAAAACAAAGUCUGAAAUAUCCGCACUAUCCGACUUUUUGGAUUGGCUGGAGAAAGAAAAGGGCGACGGAAGCGUAAUCCUCAUCUAUCACGAACCGCGUCGUCUUAGCCCCACUAUGCUGUUGGAGGCCCUCACCAGGUAUAAGCUUCUGGACCGGUUCAAGUCGAUUGUAGCCGGGUUUGCAGACAGCUAUGCGCUGGCCGCAGACAAGUGCCGUGCGACAGUUAAAUCCGUGUCGCUCCGUGUUUUGGCCCGCGUACUGUUGGAUGCAGAUUCGUUGGCCGUUGAUUCUGCGUUGGACCGAGCUACUGCUGCCUAUAAGAUCGUGGAGCAUCUAGCUCAGGGCGAGCAGCAGGAGGUGGGCGCGGGCGGCGAGGGCGGGUCGGGCGCGGCGCACGCGCACGUGGUGGAGACGGCGCGGCUGUGGGCGCGGCCCGUGGCCACGGAGCUGGAGGAGCUGGCCAGCCUCAAGAAACUGCUGGAGCGGCAGAACACGUUCCGGCCCGUGUUCGCACCGCUGCUGCGCUCGGCGCGGCCCGAGCGCAAGCGCGUCACGCAAUUGCGCCGCCUGCUGGCCGACGCGGGGCUGCUCUACGACCAGCUCAAGGCCACCUGGCAGGAUCACAAGCUCGAAGGGCUGGAGAAGCAGUUGUCGGAACUAAACGUGUCUGCAAAAGAGGAGGACAUAAAGGAACUGAUCGAGAUACUAGACUGCCAUUUCGACCCCGCCAAGGAGCCGAAGGGACCCAAGCCACGAGCGCCUAGAAAUAAGAAUAGAGCGACGUCUUCCGCGGGUGAAACAGGAGAGACUGGCGAAGCAGAGGGUAGCACCAGUGAUUCGCAACACAGCUCGCCGCACAACUCGCCCAGCAAGACUAACAACGACGUGUCGGCAGAAGACUCUAGUCAAAAGUUGCCUGCGCAAGGGGCGGUGGCAGCCAACUAACGCAGAACUAGAUUUUUCUACACAUCUACCGUUAGCGUCUACCAUACAGAGCCAUAGGGAUGUGACAAAAACAUUUAUUCGUAUUAUACACUAGGUUAAGACUCCAUUGGAAUUGAACGAAAAUUGUUUCACGGUGAACGAGUUAACACGAUUUUUAAUCUUACAAACGCCCAGAUUUUGUUUUGCUUUACGCGUAAAUUUUCUAUAUACAUUUAAUAGAUGAUAAUUGUAGUUGAGUGCCUUAGCAACUCAGUGUAAUAAGAUGUAACAUUUUGUAUGUCCUUGUUUCGGUCGACAGUUUUGUUGUUACGAUGUAGUGUCGUGUCCGUAUCGUACGGUGGACGGAGUGACGCAAAUUGUAGAAAGAGGACUAAACGAAAGUGCAGAGUUUUGUACUAUUUUUAAUAUCACAGAAUUAUUAAAUACGGCUUAAAGAAGCGAUAUUUAUUAUUUUAAGUUUAAUUAUUGCGGCUUUGAACAAUAAUUGUAGAAGUACAAUAUUGUACUUGUUUAUUUAUUCAAAGAUUAAACUUUUUAUUUAUUUUAGAAAUGUGUGCAAUCACAUGGAAACGGAUGGACUGAUAUUUUACAUCCGAUAGUUUAUUUAUUUUUUUUGUUUUCUCUUGCGUUAGUUUUGCGCUGACCGUUAUUGCAUUUUCGCUAUGUUACUAAACACAGGCGGCGCGGUGUCAGGCUCCGCCAUAUAACUUUGUUUGCCAUAGAGAAACCUUUUCUUUUACCAUACAAUAAGCUACGUAAUAAAACUGUGUGUACCUAUUAACUUACCUCUAAUUUAGUUAGUUAACAUAGACUG